GUGUGUUUGGCUUGCUUGAAGGUCCACAUCAUUUCUCAACCCACAUUGCAUCCCACUUACUCCUUGUAGUAAGGGAAUAAUGUAAAUUACUGCAUAAUUAAGCACUAUCCUUUAAAUCUAUCAAGGCAAUAAUGACUGAUUAGGUACAGUGCAUUAUCAUAUUAUCUGCACCAUUUUACUGUAUUUAAGUAUUUGCAUACUUUGCUUAAUGAAGCAGACAACAAAACCAGCGGGUAUAUAUAUAGAUAUACAUAUCUAGGGUUAAUGUUAUCAGCGACGAAAUUAAUUGCAAUUAAGUGGCAUAGAUCUUGAAGCUGAGAAUCGCGUGCGCCAUGAAUAGAGGUGAAAGUUCAGGUGGUGGACAGAGCUCGUUGGGGUACCUAUUUGGGUCAGAAGAGAAGCCAAAUCAGCCUCUGCCCACAAGGGCAGCUCCAUUACCACCCUAUGGCAUUGACAUCGAUAACUCCAUGCCCCAUCACGGUUCUAACUGCCAACUUGUUGUCUCAAACAACCGAUCUCAAGGCCACCACUUGGGAAACAUUGUAACUGAUCGUCCGUCAACAAAAGUCAAAUCGGUACCUGGUGGUCAUUCAUCGCUUGGAUACUUGUUUGGAGAUAAGUGAUGUUUCUUUCUCCGACAUUGAUUGAUAGCGGUGUUAUUCUCUGACAAGGAGAAUCCAUACUGCUUAUGGUGUAGCUAUAUAUGUGUGGGGUUUGAGUGAAUCACUAAUAAUUUGAUUUUUUAGAAUGAAAAAAGAAACCAAAAGAUAAAUCAAAUAAGAGAUUAAGUUUUCCCUUUGUUGGAUUAGCAAGGAUCAGUUUAAAUCUAAAAGACAAAUUAACUACGAGUGUAUAAUGUGGGUGAUAUGAGUGAAAAAUAAACCAGUGUGUAUUUCUCUGGUAGUUUGAUCAGUUUGAAUUGAAUGUUGAGUGUGUUGUUGUUAUUUUAGUUGUACUUCAAAUAAAUAAUAGAAGUUAUCUAAUUUCAUUUCAGUUUUGUGUUAA